GGGCGCCUCGUUGACGUCACCGCCGCCCGCCUGCUUUCGGGGAGACGCGAGUGGAAGGCCAGUGAGCCAGGCUUUGGAAGGAGUAGGUGGAGGGGUGUGGACUACUGAUGGAACCCCAGACAGGAGUGAGGAGCAGAGUUGGUCAUAAUGGCAGAAGAAGAAAUUAAUGAAGACUAUCCAACAGAAAUUCAUGAGUAUUUAUCAACAUUUGAGAAUUCCAUUGGUGCUGUAGAUGACAUGUUGAAGACCAUGAUGUCUGUUUCCAGAAAUGAGUUGUUGCAGAAGUUGGACCCACUGGAACAAGCAAAAGUGGAUUUAGUUUCUGCUUACACAUUAAACUCAAUGUUUUGGGUUUAUUUGGCAACUCAGGGAGUUAAUCCUAAGGAACAUCCAGUAAAGCAGGAAUUGGAAAGAAUCAGAGUAUACAUGAACAGAGUCAAGGAGAUAACUGACAAGAAAAAGGCCGCCAAGCUGGACAGAGGUGCAGCUUCAAGAUUUGUAAAAAAUGCCCUCUGGGAACCCAAACCUAAAAAUUCAUCCAAAGUUGCCAAUAAAGGAAAAAGUAAAAAAUAGCCUUUUGGUUUUUAUGUACACAUGUUCAGAAGUACAUCAUUUUUAUUGUUUUACACAAAAUAGAUGAUUAUGUGGAAAUGUGUAGUUUAAAUGUAUUCCUUAUUGAAUUCAUAUAUAAAAUUUACAUUUAAAUUUGUAAUGCUAAAUACAUUUCUCCCCAGAAGGAUUAAGUUGUCUUUAUUGAUUUUUCUAUAGAGCACUGUGAGAUUUUUAACAUUGUGGUAUAUUUUAUAUUUAUAGUUUACCAUCUCUCUUGACUGGACUCUUGUUUCCUUACAUAGGUCAACUUUUCAAGUACCAUUUUAUAAGCAACUAUGAAGUUUAAGUUAAAUGUUCUUUGUAAACAUUUGUCUAUUUUACAUGAAUGACUUUAUGAAGUAUGCUUUCUAAAGGCUGAAGUUAAAAUACAUCUGUUUUCACUAUGUACAAGAAAAAGUGAAAUGACCUAAAUGUCCUUUUUUUUUUCCCUGUAUGGUUACUUCAUCAUGUUUUCAUGAUUUUGGAAAUUGCGUCUUUUGAUAUUUAAAGUGUGAAUUUAAGACUUUAAGGUUAUACUUUACUUUUUGGCACUUUGCCUCUAUGUCUCACUUAAAGUAAAAUAUAUUCUCAUUAAUUAUAGAUGGGAAAUGAGGUUGUAUAUUGAUUGCUGAAUUUUGGCAUAAUGACUCUAUCCUAUCAAUAAAGGCUGUAAAUGUUGUGUAGCUGACCUGUUUGUUCUUUUCUUUUGAGUAAACUUGCCCUUGAAAGUAGGAAGAUAGGUUUUAGAAAUCAUUAGGAAUAGAGAAAAUCACCAGUUUUGUUUCUCAUGCAUAGUACACAUACUUCUAUUGGUCUCACUUUUCCAGAUUGUUUGAUUACGUUUUUGAGGAUAUACCGAGUACUGUACAUAGAAGUGUUUGGAACAACUUUCUGUGUUACAUAAUGCUACUUAAGCAGAGGAGAAAUUCAAAUGAUAUUA